ACGUGUGUGUGAAACGUCAAAACAUGAGCUGUCACAUUUGUCUAGUCCAAACCACAAUAUUUGUUGUGUUUAUAAUAGCCAAAAAAUAAUGUGAAAGCGAUGUUUUGCCUGAGAAAACUAAAUUGUUGUUCAAAAUGUUUGAAAUCCUCACAAAUCAUAGUUCGAACAUUGCAAGUGUCCAAUCGCAAAAAGUACGUAAAACCACAAAGAGAGUCAACGCAACAUGGGACAAGAGCUCAUUUGCAAGUGUUGGGAUCAGGUGCGCCGAGUCAGCCGGCAUCAGUGUAUCUCCACUGUGUGGACAAACGAUAUUUAUUCAAUUGCGGUGAAGGGAUUGGGCGCAUGAGCCAACUGGUUGGACUAUCCUUAGCAAAGAUUUCACAUGCUUUUUUCACGCAAUCCAAAUGGGGGUGUAUUGGUGGCGUAACGAGUGUGAUGUUUUCGACUGUUGCUAGCACCGGCUUUCCACCAACAUUCAAUGGCCCAAAUAAUUUGCAGAAAAUUUUCCAGCGAAUGUCCUUCCUAUCGGUCAUUGGAGGCAUUUUUAAACAUCGCUUCACUGAUCAAUUGUUCAAAAAUGAACGAUUCGAAGACAACAAAAUCGUCAUUGAACCAGUGGAAUUGAAACAUCUCAAAGAUACGGCCAUUAUUUAUGUGUGCAAAUUGAAAGCAUGCCCAGGAAGGUUUUCGUUGAAAAAAUCACUGCAGAAAAAUGUUCCCGCUCAUUUGGUGGCAAAUCUGUUUCGCGGAGAAGAUGUCACGCUUGAAGAUGGCUCAGUGGUUACCAAAGCAGAUGUGAUGAAUCAGGAUUGGCCUGAUUUGUAUUUCAUAGUGGUUGAUAUACCAAAUAAAGGAUUUCUCAAGGAAUUGGCGAUCAAUGCAAAAUUGAAAAGUCAACUGGAAAAGAUUAAAGCAACGGGAGUUGAGGUCAUCGUUCAUUUUACGCCAAGCAAAGUUUUCAAUACUAUGCGCUAUCAAGAUUUUAUUGAACGUGUCAACCCGAAGAGGAAUUUAAUCGUUAAUGAUAGCAACAAAGACGAUUCCGUGAAGAGUGUCCACAUGUUACAAACUAGACUGAACAAAAUUGACCCAAAAAUACAUCCUUUGCUAAGCACAAAAUUGGAUAUCAACCCCAGAAUAUUCGAUCCAUCUGAUGAAUCGUCCGAUAAAUAUGGAAAAAUUCCAAUGCUUUAUUCGAAAUACAUAUUGCGUGGAGAGCCAAAGGAAGACGUUGAACUAGAAACAUCAAGCGACGAGGAAUCGUCUGAUUUUGAAGAAAUCUUGAAAGACUUGAACGAAUCACCUAAAGAUGCUCUUCCACUGUGCACACAAGAGGUACCCAUAAAAUUGAAAGAUGAGAAGUUUCCACGGAUUUUAUUCCUGGGCACCGGUGCAGCCGACUCGUAUGCGCUGCGCAAUUCAUCGGGUACUUUAGUGCAUUUAACACCGGACCAUUCAAUUCUAUUAGACUGUGGAACGGCAACUUGUUCUCAAAUAAAUCGCUACUAUGGUGACGAAGCGCCCGAAAUCUAUCGACGAUUGAAGGCAGUGUAUGUGUCGCAUAUGCAUCUGGACCAUCAUAUUGGAUUGCCCGAGUUAUUCCGAUGGCGUGCAAUACAUCUACCGACGGAUCGGCAACCAUUACGUAUAUUCUGCCCGCUGGACGAUUUGAAAUCAUGGCUCUUAUUUUAUGCAAAUCACGUCGAUCCGAUUCAUUUUGAUAUGAAAUUCAUCGAUAAUGAUAUUUUGAUAAAAGACCAGCUUAAUCUCCACGAACGAUUAUAUUUGAAUAUCGAAUCAAUGCGAACUUGUCCAACGGAUCAUUACAGAAAGUCUUAUGCGCUGGCAUUAGAAUUCUCUUACAGAAACGGCACGGAUAUGGGGAGAUUCAAGUUGGCUUACAGCGGAGAUAUUGGAUCUAGUGAUGAAUUUGUGAAAUUAGGACAGAAUAGCGAUUUGUUAAUCCACGAGGGAACCUUCCAGAGUGAAUUAAAAGACUAUGCCGAUAGGCAUCGUCAUUCGACCAUUGCCAUGGCAUUGGAACAAAGUCGAAAGAUGCAAUCGAAACACACGAUACUGACACAUUUCAGCAGUCGAUAUCAUAUCAUUCCGUAUAUUGAAGGGGAACUCGAUGCCAACACUGGUAUUGCAUUCGAUUAUAUGGAAGUUACACCAGACGAUUUUCCAAGACUUAGCUCAUUGUAUGCGAAGUAUAAAGAGAAUUUCCCGUCCGCUGCUGAACAACUUGAACGCAAAACUUUCAAUUACCUAUCUAAGAGUGAAUGGGAAUGAUGGCUGAAUCAUCACAUGGAUCAUGCUUGUAUGGAAUCUUGCUUGUAAUAUAGGUAUGUGGAUAGAAGCUCGAAUAAAUUGAUCAAUUUAACGAUGCAGAACGCUUUUUUAGAUGCUAGAAAAGGUGAAGAAGUGUUUUUACUUUAGAGAAAUUUUGUUUCAUUGAGUUCAUGUAACAAAGGAUGUAAUAAAAUGUUUUUUGUUAUGGA